GUGUGUUGUGUUUGUGAGAUUUGCGAUUCAGGGACUCUUUCCGUAUUAACUGGUUGAAAUCGACCCGAAAAGCUGUUAUUCUGAGGUGUGUUUUGUGGCUGAGGUACAGUCAUGCCUCUGCGUUAUUACCUUUGUUUUUUUGCCGUUUUGCUUCAUGCAGCUUGGGCCAUGUAUGACCCAGACGAAGUAGUUCAUCUGCCGGGGAUGUCUUUCAAACCUAACUAUCGGCAGUGGUCAGGAUAUCUAAAGGCCGGAGCAGGGAAAUUCUUUCACUACUGGUUUGUGACAUCGCAGAGGGACCCCCUUAAGGAUCCCUUGUUGCUGUGGCUGAAUGGCGGACCAGGAUGCAGCUCUUUAGAUGGUUUUCUGUCAGAAAACGGUCCCUUUCAUGUGAAUAACGAUGGAGCCACUUUGUAUGAGAAUGAGUUUAGUUGGAAUAAAAUUGCCAAUGUUCUGUAUCUGGAGUCUCCUGCUGGUGUGGGCUAUUCUUACUCGGACGAUAAACAAUAUGCGACUAACGAUGAUCAGGUGGCAGAUGAUAACUACCGUGCCUUGCAGAGUUUCUUCUUAAAGUUCCCUAAUUUCACCCAAAACGAGUUCUACAUUUUUGGUGAGAGUUAUGGUGGUAUCUAUGCUCCUACACUAAGCUUGCGAGUUGCAACUGGAGGCGCUCUCAAAACCAACUUCAAGGGAUUCGCUGUUGGAAAUGGCAUCAGUAGCUUUGCUCUAAAUGACCAGUCGCUGGUUUAUUUUGGAUACUACCAUGGCCUGUUUGGAGAAGAUCUCUGGAGAGAUUUGAAUGAGAACUGUUGUGACAAAGGAGUCUGUAACUUUUACAACAACACUGCAGAGGGCUGUGCUAUUGCGGUUGGUCAGGCAUUUCGUAUUGUGUACGAGUCUGGGCUGAAUGAAUAUGCUCUGUACCUGGACUGUGCUGGUGGGGCCAGGUCUCAGGGAGCCUAUCAGAGGACCAUGUUCCACUUGUACAGGAACUACAGGGAACACUGGAAAAAAGUUCAGUCAGUAGGUGGUGCCCCAUCUCUAGGUGAGGUGCCUCCAUGCAUCAACAGCACAGCUCAGAUGAACUGGCUUAACCGAGGAGAUGUCAGGAAGGCCCUGCAUAUUCCCGACAUUCUGCCGGCGUGGGACAUUUGCAGUGAUGAGGUGGGUGCGCUCUACCGUACACUCUACCCCACAGUAAAGGAUGUGUAUGAGAAGUUACUGGCUCUGGGCCUCAGAGCGCUGGUGUAUAAUGGAGAUACAGACAUGGCCUGCAACUUCCUUGGUGAUCAGUGGUUUGUUGAACAGCUUGGGCAGAAGGCAACAUCACCAUAUCAGCGUUGGCUUUUUGAUGACCAGAUUGCAGGAUUCUACCAACAGUUUGGCAACAUUACCUUUCUCACAGUCAAAGGUGCUGGUCACAUGGUACCACAAUGGGCUCCAGGACCAUCCUUUCACAUGCUGCAGAGUUUCUUGUCCAACAAGCCUUACUGAGAUCCAGAUGUGUACCUGUGCCUUGUUUACUUUGAGUGGUGGAGGAGAAGCUGUGAGUGGUGUUAUGCUGAUUGAACCAAACUGUUUCCUCAGGGUGUAUUAUAUGAGCACUUUUGUUUAAUAAAUGGAUGGGACUGAUUAUGGUUUGAAGUUUAUUCUGUCUUUCAGCCUUUUGUGUGAGUGAUAUUUGACACGAGUGAUUCACUGGCUUGAUGGUAAAACCUGUGAUCUACCAAUCCAUUAUGGGUUGACAACUUUGUUCCACAAACUUCUAAUAUGUGUAACACACUCUUUGCUGUUUGUCAUUUUCAUUUUUAAGUCUGUGGCAGUAUCCCUUCUGAUAAAUCUGGUCUUGUAUUAACUCAUCAUUUUAAGUGUGUCAAAAGAGCAGAAC